CUCCGGAGAGCUCCCUCACGUGACCACCCGCAGCUCCCUGCUCCAUUCCUUGUCCCGAGAGUCAGAGGGAGUACUUGAAGGGACUCCUGUGAAGCGCACCAGGCAAGUGACCAGAGGCAGUCAGAGAAGCCCUCAAGGCCGGUCCCAGGAGUCUCCCACCUCCCACCUGUGCCUGCCAUGGAGCCCCUGAAGGCGCUGCUGCUCCUGUCCGGAGUCCUCGGGGCGCUUGCUGAGCUCUGUGUGAUACCACAGAUGGACAGCCAGCUGGUAGAGAAGCUGGGCCAGCAUCUCUUACCUUGGAUGGACCGGAUCUCCUCAGAGCAAUUGAACCCCAGCAUCUAUGUGGGCCUGCGCCUUUCCAGCCUGCAGGCUGGGACCAAGGAAGACCUCUACCUGCACAGCCUCAAGCUUGACAAUCAGCAGUGCCUCCUAGGGUCUGCCUUCAGCGAUGACAACAGUGAUUGCCAGACCAAGCCUUCCGAAGGCCACCUGGCCCUCUACCUGCUUGCUCUUAGGGCCAACUGCGAGUUCAUUGGGAGCCGGAAGGGUGACAGACUGGUCUCAAAGCUCAAGUGGUUCUUGGAGGAUGAGAAGAAGGCCAUUGGGCACAAUCAUGAAGGUCACCCCCAUACCAGCUAUUACCAGUACAGCCUCAGCAUCCUGGCACUGUGUGUCCACCAGAAGCGGGUCCAUGACAGCGUGGUGGGCAAGCUCCUGUAUGCUAUUGAACACGACCACCACAUCCGCCAAGGCCACCUCUCUGUGGACACAGAAGCCAUGGCAGGCUUGGCCUUCAUCUGUUUGGAUCGGUUCAUUUUCAACCCUGAUCUAAGACCACGAAUCACCAUGGCCAUUGAGACAAUUCGAGAGAAGAUCCUGAAGGCCCAGACCCCUGAGGGCAACUUUGGGAACAUCUACAGCACCCCACUGGCACUACAGUUUCUGAUGGCCUCCCCUGCGUCUGGGGUAGGACUGGGCACAGCAUGCCUCAAGGCAAGGGCAUCUCUGCAGGCCAGCAUACAGGGUGGGGCCUUCCAGAAUCCUCUGAUGAUUUCCCAGCUGCUACCGGUCCUGAACCACAAGACCUACCUGGAUCUUAUCUUUCCAGACUGCCAGGCGCCCAGAGUCAUGUUGGAACCCGCUGUCGAGGGCCCUUCACCAGCCCAUAUCCCAGAGGUCAUCAGUGUCACGCUGAAGGUCUCCAGUGUCCUGCCACCAUACAAACAAACAGUUUUAAUCCUUGCUGGGUCCUCCCUGGAAGAUGUCCUGAAGAUGGCUCAAAACACAGGAGGAUUCACGUAUGGGACACAAACCUCCUUGUCAGGCCCCUACCUGACAUCUGUACUGGGAAAAGAAGUUGGGGAUCGAGAAUUCUGGCAGCUCCUCCGAGACCCUGACACCCCCCUGCUGCAAGGCAUUGCUGACUACAGACCCCAGGACGGGGAAACCAUUGAGCUUCGGCUAGUUAGCUGGUAGCCUUGGGCUCCCCCCUGAUGUCCUCGGACCCCCACUGCCACCUCAAGUGCACUUGGAGCAAUGUACCCCAGACCACCUCUGCUACCUCAGCAAAGAGGAUCCUAAGCCACUGCCUACCUGGGAACAGGAAGGAACAAACCUCUCCUAAGGAGGCUACUUCUUUAAGUCUGGCCUUCCUGACUCCAGGGGCCUUUCAUGUGAUCUAAAGAACAGGCUGCCCUUGACCUCCUCCACAUAAGUCUGCUGGCUGUGGGUGUUGUGAGUACCACUGCUCUGGGACUGGAGUUCUGCAAGGAAACCUCCACGGCCCAGGGGCUGUGGUUCUGACCCCCCAGCCUCACUCUUCUUUGUCAGGGUGGUAUUCCCAGAGCUGGUCAGGAGGCAGCUGCUGGCCAGGCCUCAGCAGGGCCUUCCAACAUAAUUAAAGCCUUGAUUUCCCUUUGCA